AUGGACGUCGGAAGAAACUGGCUUGAAUACAUCGAGGUAUUAUACAUUCCACGUUUCACUCCUGCUUUACUGACUCAAAUCAGGGGAGUUCCAUCUGGUACAUCAAGCAUUGACACAUCCGGUGCCGCCAACGAAGGCCCGGCAUCAGACUUUUUCUGGUACAAUGGCAGAUGGUACACCUACACCACCGAUGUCAGUCCUGAUCUGGAGACACUCGCACGAAGUUUAUGGAACGGCCGUAUUGAUCUCGAAUUGGAAGCGCGAGAGGUACCCACCGACCCUCCAGUCGCUGAGGAUGACCAAGAAGAAGGUAGUAGGACACCGUCACAAUCGACCGAACAGAACACAUAUGUACGAGAGGACACCCCCAUACCCGACUGGGACCAGAGCGAUCACCCCAAAUCUAUCCCGCAAGCCAGUGAAACCACUACUACGAGUCGAGAAGCCACUCCGGUGCCCGAACAAUCAGCCUCACAACCAGCCUCCACCGAAAAAUAUCCUGCCAAACCCUCAACUUCCAGGCCGGGCGAACGAGACAACUUCCCCGAGUGGGACGGUCCGACCAGAUGCCCAUAUCGCUGUCGAGCUUUACUAGACACAGAAGAACUCUACGUCUCACACAUGCGCACACAUAAAGGUAGGAGUUAUACCUGCGAAGCGCCCGGCUGCAGCAAAGUCUACGUUCACAUGAGGACCUUGAGAAAACACCAGCGGCAGGCCCACGGCAAUCCUCAGAGCGGCGGGUGCGUCGUAUGGUCGGAGUCUUAG